AUCCUUACGCAAACCAUGUUUGUCAAUGUUUGAUAACUUUGUGUAAUGAUUCUCAACGAGAUUUUAUACUUAGUUUGAUUGGUCAUAAAGUACCUCAACUUGCGCGAGAUGCACAUGGAAAUUAUGUAUUGCAAUGCUUAAUUAAACACAUCACGACCAGGGUCCAGGCAAUCCGCCUCAUUUCUUAUCUUGCAAAGGAUGUCAAAGAUCUCAUCGUGGAUAGUUAUGGCAAUUUUGUUCUUCAAAAGACUAUCGAAUUUUGGCCUGCUGAAUUAACACAA